GUGUAGAGGGGAUUUAAUUUGAGGUUAUGCGGCAUUGACAUAUUGCUUUGUUAUUGUCCACACAUUAAAGAGUGAUUCGAGGCAAAAUGGCAUUUGUCAGCGUUCCGCGAAGUAUUUACACCAGAAUAUGGAUGGUAUGGAGGGGCUUAACUCGUUCUACGCAUAGUGCCAGUCCUUACAUUUACAGUGGAGAAACUGAAGCUCAAGAUGAUCUUCCAAUAGACUUGGACCACGAUCCUUAUGAGAAAGACAAGCCACAAUGCAUAUUGUGUAAAUUAAAUAUAGAGCCCGAUUAUAAAAAUGUGCGUAUGCUGUCUCAGUUUCAAAGCCGUUACACAGGUAAAAUUUAUGGAAGACACAUAACAGGCCUUUGUAAAGGAAAGCAAGAAAAAAUUGAAAAGGAAAUCUUUAAAGCACAAAAUGCAGGUCUUAUGGGAUACUAUGCAAAAAAUUUAAGCUACGUGGAGGAUCCUAAACUGUUUGAUCCAGAUAAUCCAUUUAGGCCUCAUAAAUACUAAAUUAAACAUUUAUGCUUAAAUUAGAAAAUCAGUACAUAUUGUAUAUCCAUAAAUACUUUAUCCUUUUCCUGGAAAAAACAAUUAUGCGAACGUA